AUGCAUUCAUGUCGACAAUUAUUAUACAGCCCUGCGCGAUGGAAAUGUGCUCUACCAGUAAGCUUUAAACCUACAAUUAUCACUUCCCAAUCUGACCAGUUUUCAGUUCAAGAAUGGCGAAGUUAUUCUGCACGGAAAGGGUUCUUCUCCUCUAUCAUUGAAAACAUCAAAGAAGACAUUGCGAAAAACAAGGAAAUGAAAGAAAACAUCAAAAAGUUUCGCGAAGAAGCGCAGAGGCUUGAGAACUCGGAUGCGUUGCAGGCGGCGCGAAGAAAGUUCCAUGCCGUUGAAUCUGAGGCUUCAAAGGGAUCUGAGGUUCUAAAAGAUACAUUGGAGGGUAUUAAAGGGAAGGUGGAGCAUGUUUUAGAGGAAGCCAGUAAAACAGAGUUUGCAAAAAAGGCUGGAAAGAUAGGUGAAGACAUAUCAAAGACAGCCAAAGAUGCAGCAGAGAGCAUAGCUGAUAGAGGUCAUAAACUAGGACAGACAUCUGCUUUCAAAACUAUUUCACAGGCAACCGAAGUGGUAAAAAACGAGAUGGCGCCCCGAGGGCUUGAGGGUCGAGUCUACACUUCCCCCAUAGCACUGCGGAAACGAGUUGAGGUCGCCGAAGACGAACGGACCUUCGCACCGGACACGGAAACCCUCGGCCUAGAGUUACACAAGGACUCAAAAUUCUAUCAGCAGUGGGAGAGCUUUAAGAACAACAACCAAUAUGUUAAUAAGGUUUUAGAUUGGAAAAUACGAUACGAGGAAUCUGACAACCCCGUUGUCAAAGCUUCGCGAUUCGUCACCGAGAAAGUCGGCAGCCUGUUCGGUAACCUGUUCGAGAAGACGGAACUGUCCAAAACGCUGACGGAGAUCUGCAAGAUUGAUCCCAACUUCACCGCUCAGAAGUUCCUCGAGGACUGCGCGAAUGACAUCAUACCGAACAUCCUGGAGGCGAUGGUGCGCGGCGAUCUGGAAAUACUGAAGGACUGGUGCUACGAAGGCGUCUACAACAUACUGGCCACACCGAUGAAACAGUGCAAGCAGCUGGGCUACCGGCUCGACUCGAAGAUCCUGGACAUUGAGCAGAUCGAACUGGUAAUGGGCAAGAUGAUGGACCAGGGUCCGGUGCUAGUCAUCACAUUCCAGUCCCAGCAGAUCAUGUGCGUGAGGGACGCGAAGAACAACGUGAUAGAGGGCGACCCCGACAAGGUGAUGAGGGUGAAUUACGUCUGGGUGCUGUGCAGGGACCCUCAGGAGUUGAAUCCGAAGGCGGCCUGGAGACUCCUGGAGCUGUCAGCGAACAGUGUUGAGCAGUUAAUA